CCCGCUGGCCGCGCUCCCGGGCGCGCUGCGGUGCCUGCCGGCGCAGGGCCGGGCUGCGGAUGGGUCCCCCCGGCGGGGGCUGCGGGCACUGCCCCGUCCCGCCGCGCGGCUGCGGACCGCGUUCUCCCCGAGGAGGGUGACGUGGAAGGAGAAGUCCUACUUCAUCCCCGCCGCCCCUGUAGCCGUGCUCGGGCUUCCCGUGAGCGGACGGGAGGUAACGCUGCAGCAUCGCUCCUGGAGCGACGCGUUAUGUAAUCUCCCGGCAAACGCGCUCCGUGGAACUGGCGCUUGGGCGGCUGUUCCCGUGGAAGGGGAGACGCGUUCGAGUGUCUGAGGCCGGCGUUCCUCCCGCGCUGUGUGGUGCAAACGUGAAGUGGUAGAUAUUAACAGAGUAAUCUAACGUAAUUAGCUCAGUCAAACGAUCUCAGCGAUCAGUAAUUAUCUCUAGUAAGGGUUUAGGCAAAGUGUUCCGUGAAUAUCUUGGCUGCAUGCGGUUAUGUCCGUCUCAGACUUCAGCUGAAGAGAUUUUUCCAGCGAUGAUCGUGAUUUAUUUUUCACUUAGCAAAUAGCAAGUCUGAAACAAGUUCUCAGCCUCUCUUUUGAAGUCCUGUUUGCACUUUCUUUUUCUUUUUCAAAUGAUACCAAAGAAAGCAACAUAAAAAAUUAAAGGUCAGGACAGGAAAAUAAGUAGUUUCAUCACUUUUCUGAUAGAAGGCUUUUGAAAUGGCCAUGGAUUUUUCUUCACGGUAGCUACUUUACCAGCUAAUGAGUUCUCAAAAAAAUAUGGAUAAAACAGAAGAGCCUGCUCCAUCUGCAUCCAGCCAGUACCCUAAGGAAGCAGUGAGGAAACAUCACAACUCAGAUCGAGGAUCCAGGGGCAGUGACACUUCCAGAGCCUCCAGGAAAAGCUUCAGGCUGGACUACAGGCUAGAAGAAGAUGUAACAAAAUCAAAGAGAGGCAAAGAUGGGAGAUUUGUCAACCCAUGGCCAACAUGGAAGUCACCAACCUUGCCCAAUGUUUUGAAAUGGUGCCUCAUGGAAAAAGAUAACAGCAAUGUGCCAUCUUCAAAACAGGAACUUGACAAAGAGCUUCCAGUGUUAAAACCAUACUUUGUUCAAAACCCGGAACUCGUUGGAAAAACAGGAACUGGUAUGCGAGUCACGUGGUUGGGACAUGCCUCAGUUCUGGUGGAAAUGGAUGAACUGGUAUUUCUUACUGACCCCAUCUUCAGCCAGCGGGCUUCCCCUGUGCAGCUGAUGGGCCCCAAGCGCUUCCGACCACCUCCAUGCACAGUUGAUCAACUCCCCAAAAUAGAUGCUGUCGUCAUCAGCCACACCCACUAUGACCAUUUGGACUACAACACUGUAAAAAGUUUAAAUGAACGCUUCGGCAGUGAGCUGCGCUGGUUUGUGCCUCUGGGGCUCUUAGACUGGAUGCAGAGAUGCGGUUGUGAGAAUGUGAUUGAACUGGAUUGGUGGGAAGAGAACUGUGUCCCUGGUCACGAUGCGGUGACUUUUGUCUUUACCCCUUCUCAACACUGGUGCAAAAGGACUGUGACAGAUGACAACAAGGUUCUGUGGGGCAGCUGGUCUGUCUUGGGACCUUGGAAUAGAUUUUUCUUUGCAGGAGACACCGGAUACUGUGUUGCUUUUGAACAGAUCGGUAAAAGAUUUGGACCUUUCGACCUUGCAGCCAUCCCCAUUGGAGCUUAUGAGCCAAGGUGGUUUAUGAAACAUCAACAUGUGGAUCCUGAAGAAGCAGUAAGAAUCCAUAUUGAUGUUCAAGCGAAGAAGUCUGUAGCAAUUCACUGGGGAACCUUUGCUUUAGCAAAUGAGUAUUACUUGGAUCCUCCGGUUAAACUGAAUGAAGCUCUUGAAAGAUACGGCUUGAAAAAAGAAGACUUCUUUGUCUUAAACCAUGGAGAGUCACAGGACUUGAGUACAAACGAUGGGUCUGAAUAGUAAACCAGCAGCAAUUCCCUGUAAGCCUUCUUUGAUUUGAACGAGUAUUUAAUAUUGCAAAUGUUAAUUUGAUGUACUUACAAAGUAGAUUGAGUUAAUUGGAUUUUUAGAUUCCAGGUUUGUCAGUUUCAUAACUAAAGUUCUCAUACAAAUGUCAUUUUACUGUUGUUUUUGUUUUCAUUUUUCUAUUAUAUUCAUUUUAUUAAUUUGUUUACAAAUUUUGGGAGGUGAUCCAAACACUGGUUAAUAUAUGAGAUAUUGCUUGGAUAUAACUUGCAGUUUCAACUCUUACCUACACCAGUGAUAAACAUUUUUGUUUGUUUUUUAGAACUCUCCAUCUUGCCUAUAACAGCAAUAAUACCUUCAGAACAGGACACAGUCUCAUAAUUAAUGGCUGACAUUAAUUAUUCCUUGUUAUGUCUCACUCAUUAAUCACUGAUUUUUCAAAUUAUGUCCUGUUCCUCGGUAGCUUCACAACAUGUUGUAUGGGGCAUCCCCCAAUACAUCUGUGUUACUAAAGCACAAGCACAGUAAAAUCAUUAUUUUACUGUGUGCUUCUACAUUUUCAUUUACUGAGGAACCACAAAAGUUGAAUUUUAAAAUGAUCUAAAGAAAUGUGCCUUUAACAGAGAGAGAGUGAGAGAGCGCCUCAAUAUUGCAACAUCCGUGUGUAAUGCUUAAUGAUGACCAGAGUAUCUGUGCACUUUCAUUGUUAAUGUUUUUAAGUUAGGCCUGAACACGUCUAAAAUAUUUCCUUGUCAAAUACUGUACAUGAAAUGGAAGAGUCUAUUAGUGGCACUUGUCUUUGCAUUGACUCAGCUAAUUAAAUACUUUUUUUUAAAGUGAAAAGUCUUAAGGGCUGUGGUAAUUUUUCUUAUAGCUUCCUUAUAAUCUUAAAGUUGAAUGAGAGACUACAAAACUACUUGCUAUUGUAAUACUUGGCUAAACGUAUCUGUAUCAAAUUGCCAUGCUCAUUUACAAAAUUAAAGCCUAUUGUUGCCAAAAACAAAAAGUAAAAAUGGUUGUUGUUUUGCUUCGUAACUCAUAAAUAAUUUGUGAUUAUUUGUUUACUUUUGUGUCUUAUGCUUUAUGUUCAUACUCCACCAAGAUCAAUAAAAACAAUAAAUUCCCUGUGAUUUUAAGGCA